AUGAGCGAAGAUGCAGAAACAGCUAUCGUCCACGGCCGAGUGUUCCAAAGAACAUCCCUUGACGAGGGUGUCUACUUCGCCCCGGUGGCCUUCGAUGACCGCGAAGAGAGCAGACUGACAGCUCAACAUGACAUUGUGUCCCGGCUCUUUGGCGAUGGACUGUUCUGCCCUCGAAUACCAGUAGGAGAGCCCGAAGCAAUACUGGAGUGCGGCUACGGGGGUGGCGACUGGGCUGUCCAAUGCGCAGAUGAAUUUGAGGAUUGUGAGGUAACUGCGCUUGACAUUUUCCCCAUGCAGGUCUCAGACGAGCCCGAGAACUUGGACCUGGUCGUUCAUAAUCUCAACGACCCUCUCCGCGAUCCCGAGAUAUUCAAAGCGAACCACUUCGAUCUCAUACACUCGCGGUUCGUGUUCCCAGGUAUCAAGAUCCGCAGAUGGGAUACAUACAUCAGAGAUAUGAGAUUACUGUUACGGCCGGGUGGUUGGGUACAGAUAAUGGAGUAUCUGCCCAUUAUCCAAUCGCACAAUGGACGUCUAACGGACCAGCAUGCUGUGCGAAAAUGGUGGCAGGAGUACCAAAGCGCCAUGGCGGGCAUGGAUCGUGACCCACGGAUAGGUCGUCGGUUGAAGCAGCUGUUGCUCGAUAAUAGAUAUCGGGACGUCGACGUCGAUAUAGUGCAGCUGCACAUAGGCGAUUGGUCAAAAAAUGAGGCCCAGGCUAGCAUCGGUAGAGAUUCUGUCGCAAUGAUUGGCGACCUCCUCGAGUCACUUGGGCUGUGGCCUUUCACAUCCAAGCUGGGCUGGACAGCUGCGCGGUUCGAAGAGCUCAUGCAAGACGUUCGUGCAGAGCUCCAGGACGUGGGCUUGAACCUCUAUAUCGAGUUGUAA